AUGUACGAAUCUACAGCAUGCAACAUGGCCUCACCACCCCAUGUCAACAAGCACCUCAAACCAUUGUUCCAGCUCGUCGUGAACAACUUCCUUGUGCUCGUCGUCGCGCCGGUGACAGCCAUCGUGUUCCUCCGUAAAGCCGCACAGCUCGGACCCGAGGAGAUCCUCUCCCGGCUCCAUGGUUUGCGGCAGGUCCACGUUCUGCUCGUCGUCUUCCUCCCACUCGCCUUGGCCACCCUCUACCUCAUGAGCCGCCCUCGUAGCGUGUACCUCGUCGACUACGCUUGCUGCCGGCCAAAAUCCAAUUGCCGCGUCUCCAUAGGCUCCUCCGUCGAGAAUGUUCGCUUCUCGCCUUACCUCGACGAUGGAGGUGUCGACUUCAUGACGCGCAUGCACGAGCGCUCGGGCCUCGGUGACCAGACCUACCUCCACCCUUCGUUCCACUAUAUCCCCCCGCGAUGCUGCUUGAGUGAUGCUCGUGACGAGGCGGAGCAGGUCAUCUUUGCAGCCGUCGACGACCUGUUCGCCAAGACCGGCAUAAGUCCUGGAGCUAUCGACAUACUCGUCACCAACUGCAGUGGCUUCAACCCGACCCCGAGCUUGGCUGACAUCGUCGUGAACAAGUACAAGCUCAGAGCCGACAUCCGGAGCGUGCACGUAUCCGGGAUGGGGUGCAGCGCGGGGGUGAUCUCCCUAGAGGUCGUGAGAAACCUCCUGCAGGCGGCACCGCGGGGCGCGCGCGCCCUCAUGGUGUCCACGGAGGGCACCUCUAUCAUCAACUAUGCCGGCAAGAACCGGGGGAUGCUGCUGCCGUACGCCCUGUUCCGCAUGGGCGCGGCCGCGGUGCUGCUGUCGACGUCCAAGUCUGAGGCCCGAUUCCGGCUCAUGCACAUCGUGCGAACUCUCACCGCCGCACAGGACAGAGCUUACCUGUGCAUUUCCAUGAAAGAGGACGAUGAGGGAGAAACAGGAGCAUACCUGUCCAAGGACCUUGUACCAGUCGCCGGCGAAGCUCUCAAGGCCAACAUUACAGCAAUAGGGUCCCUCGUCCUCCCGCCCUCGGAGAAGCUGCGCUUUGCGAUUUCGUUCAUUAUGUUGGAGCCGCUGCAACCUGCAGGGGAGGAUGCAGGGCUCGUCCCGGACAGGAUGAUGAUGGCGGCGGCACAGAAGGAUGAGGAGCCGUCAGAUCCGCAGCUUCAGAAAAUCGUACCAGCCGAUCCGGCCGUCGGCGGCGGGCCGGCCGGAAACCCUGCGGAGCCGUCGACUAUGGAGAUCAAGAAGAAGAAGAAGAAGAAGAAGAAGGUGUUGAUUCAGGUGCCAGAUAGCGAUGUAAAACGUGUGCUCUCCUACAAGGAAAAACCCAUCGAUACGGAGGUGCCCGAGCUCUGGGUCAGGAGAGCCCCAAAACUGGCUGCGAACUUGGGCAUAAUGUGGGCCAACUUGGCCAUGCUCAAGGAGCUCACCAAGGGCCGGAUGCUAGAAGAGCAGAGAAACUAUAGGGAGCAGUUAAAAACUAAGGGUAGAGUCACCUACGAGCUUGAGGUUGACGAGGACGAUCCCAGAUUUAAAGAUGAAUCCACCACCUCUGCUGGAGCAGGACGGAGGAGAUACCGCCCGGGCGUCAUGAAAAAGCAAGAUGGACAUACCAGGAAGCUUAAUUAA